AUGCUCGUCCUUGGCAUCAUCAUGGCUGUCUGGAACCUUGUUCCCGGCUUUGGCCCCACUGACAAACCUGCUGGGAACAGCAGCAAGCCUGACCGUGGCACCGGAGCCGUUUUGAAGAGCAAGACCUUCUCAGUGGCCUACGUCUUGGUGGGGGCGGGCGUGCUGCUGCUGCUGCUCUCCAUCUGCUUGAAUAUCAGGGACAAGAAGAGGCAAAGCGAAGAUCUUGCUCACAUGCAGCACCAACCGUCCCCAGAGCCCUCCCCUCAGGAGGACAG